AUGGCACCUGGAUCUUCUGCACACGAGUACUACCAGAUCCAAGCCCGCUUUCCAGCCCAAGAUUCCAAUCCUGAUGACGGUAUCAAUCGCAAGGUCUUUGUCCGGCAGGAUAUCGACGAAUGGAGCUGCAAGAAGUCGAACAAAAAGCAAGUGGAUCUUUUCAUACUCGCUCUAAACAAUUUCCAGAAGUUAGACCCUAAAGAAAGACUCUCUUACUUUCAAGUUGCUGGUAUCCACGGACAACCCUUUGUACGAUGGGAUGAUCCUAGUCCAGAGCCCAUGAAGAAUGGCUACUGCUUCCACUCUCAUGUGAUAUUUCCCAUUUGGCACCGGCCAUAUGUGCUUCUUUUUGAGCAAGUGAUGUAUGACAUCAUGAUCAAGGAGAUUAUACCUCAAUUUCCGGAAGCCCAUCAGGCUUCAUGGCAUGAACAAGCUGAAUCAUGGCGUCUUCCCUUCUGGGACUGGGCACUAAAUGGCCGUGUCCCCGACUUGGCGAAAUACCCUACUAUUACCGUUCCUAUGCCCGAGGGCGGAUCGCUUCGAAUUGACAAUCCACUAUUUCAGUUCCGCAUGCCCACAGACAAGCCGAUGCGAAGUGAGGGCGUCGGUACUGAAAACACAUGGGAAAACGAGACAGAACAAGAAGAGUACAAGAACUUUGGUAAUGCAAUUGGAACCAGCCGUUGGCCAGAUGAAGAGGACCAGAAUCCAGCUAGCGAAGGCUGGCGGCACGGUGUAGUCAAUAACCGCAAGGUGGCGGAUGCCUUCAACUCUCACGAAGGAUACAAUGACAAGAAUCACGGUCCUGCGGCUGAAAUGGUGUAUCGACUGCUUACGGUGCCCAUGGACUACACUACCUUUGCAAGCACAAAUCCAACCUCGAAAGAUCAAAACGUCGAUGAAGAUUUGAAUAUAGAAUAUAUCCACAACAACGUUCACGGUUGGACAGGUUCAGCAGGACAUAUGGGAAAUGUACCAGUUGCCUCUUUUGAUCCGCUGUUCUUCUUGCACCACUGCAAUAUCGACCGCCUUUUCGCGAUCUGGCAAGCACUCAACCCGGAUAAGUGGAUGGAUAACAUUCCUCCCGACAAUGCUACGAUCCGUGAUUCAUUUGGCAAAGAUCACAUGGUGAAUGAGGACACUCCGCUUCAACCAUUCAGACGUGAUGUGGAAGGAAAUUAUUGGACCCCCGAAGGAGUUAGACAUCCCCCCAAUCUCGGAUAUUCCUAUCCUGAGCUGCUACGGUGGGAGAGUAAAUACCGCCAGGAGGACGGAAGACUCAGUCAGGUUCUGUUCAAGGAAGAUAUCACCAUCAUCGUCAAUAAGCUAUAUGGCGUGUCGCGCGAUUUGGCAUUGGACCCUAAAGCUCCAACCCCAGAGGGUGUUGAGGCGAUUGAUGGUGGGCUUAAAAUUACCGACUUUGCCUUCAGUGUUCGGUUCUUGAAGUAUGCAUUCGGAGGGCAGCCUUUCUGGGUCAAAUUGUAUCUCGCCCAGGAGGACGGCAUUCAAACCCCACUGACAGACUUGAUCGCCGAGGUGUAUAACUUCAGCCAAAAGCCAGAGUUGGAUGGUUCUUCAGUCUGUGGAAACUGCACGAAAGGACAAAAAUCGCGCGUCAGGUCAACUGCUUACAUCCCAAUUACUCCAGUUCUCUACAAGCUUCUCAGGGGUGGGCGGAAACUAAAGUCGUUGACUCGCGACGAGGUUUUGGCCUAUAUAAGAAAGCGCGCAUACUGGCGGGUGUUUAAGAACGAGAAAGAACUACCUCGCUACGACGUUGAGAAGCUGGAGUUAGAGGUCAUUGGCAGCAGCAAUGACACAAAGCACUUCAUUAAUCCUGCCAGUCCACCAGCCUUUGAAAAUUUCAAGAAAGAGCCUACCAUCAGUGGUGGUGCUGAUGGAGCGUUAGAUCCAGAGCUGAAGCAGCCAAAGAUUGACGCGCCGGCUCCUCGACCAAAACGCCCAAGGGCGAAUCUCGCACUUCACAGCAGUCUCCGCUUCCAGCAGACACUCAAGGCAGACAGUGUGAUUCUCAUCGAGUCGUCGAGUGUGGAUCCUGUCAAGCCCAAUGAUGGCAUCGACAUGACCCAGAUUUCAAUUACGGAUGCAGAGAAUGAUACCAUCUUCCAUAUUUCGAUUCGCCGAGCUCAAGGCCAAAUCAUUUUCAAUUCCAGGCUCGGUGGAUCAUGGGGCGAGGAAGAACGGAUCGACAUUGGCCGUCGAUUGGACAAUGAAGACGGUGCGACAAUUUUGAUUCACGAUCAAGGAGAAGGCUUCGAAGUGUCUAUUAACUGGGUUCACGCAAUUUGGUUUGCUAAACGGGUUCAAGGCAGGACACCAGAGUCAAUCUGGUAUGAUAUUCGUAACAAAGAGGGAACCUCUGCCUUAUCCGAGGAUCUCGAAAUCCGCACCUAUCCUUCGAUGAAAGCUAUGUUCCUUCAGAAGCAUGCUCAUGAGGAGGAGAAGUAG